GAGUUAAACUGUAAAUACCAGACGAAACGUGUACGGUAUGGUCAAAUCAAUUUUACCAAGCACUGGUCAAAUAAACCAAGAAAACGGAGUUAAAAUUCCAAAGCCGUGUCCGUAUUCGAACGACGUUAUCGUCAUCGUUGGCGUUUGUCUUGUCUCCAUCAUCGUUCUCACCGCCAUAGAACGAUCAGAGCUCCCGCUCAAAACGCACCGUUUCGGAGAUCCGCAUGGGUUGAGCCGAUUCAACUCACCGAGUCAGGGCAUUCCAUUCGACGACCUCGCAAGAAACUGAACAUCCCCAAAUUCUGAUUCGAAACCGAAAUGGCCUCGCCAAACCGAUCUGCGGAGAACAUCGUCGACACGACGCCGUUGUUGACCAACUCGGGCUGGUCGUCUGACGAUUCGAACUCGGGGCGCCAGCGAUUGGUGCGCCGACAGAGCCUGCAGCAGGCCGCGCGGUUUCUUCGCCAGGCCAGCAGCCGCCGCCUCAUGCGCGAGCCGUCGAUGCUGGUCCGCGAGACCGCGGCAGAGCAAUUGGAGGAGAGGCAGAGUGAUUGGGCGUACUCCAAGCCGGUGGUGGUUCUCGACAUCAUCUGGAACUUCGCCUUCGUCGUCGUGGCGCUGACGGUCCUGGUUCUGAGCCGGGACGAAUUGCCGAAUGUGCCCCUGAGACUGUGGAUCGUGGGGUACGCUGUGCAGUGCGUUGUGCAUAUGGUUUGUGUUUGCGUCGAGUUUCGGAGGCGGCAGUCCCGGCAGAGAAGCCGGUUUUCGGGGGUGAAUUCUGCGGAGGAAGGGGUGGGGAGUGUUGGGAAUUUGGGUUCUGGGUCGAGAGAGGGGGAUUUGUCAUCGCAGUACGUGUCGUUGGCUGAUCAUAUGACUGAGGAGGGUACCAGCGUUGCUAAACACCUGGAAUCUGCAAAUACAAUGUUUUCGUUUAUCUGGUGGAUCAUUGGGUUCUAUUGGGUAUCGGCAGGUGGUCAAUCUUUAGCAAACGCCUCCCCGCAGCUUUACUGGCUAUGUAUAAUCUUCCUGGGUUUUGAUGUGUUUUUUGUCGUUUUCUGUGUUGCGCUGGCAUGCAUCAUUGGUAUCGCGGUUUGUUGCUGUCUUCCCUGCAUUAUUGCACUUUUAUAUGCUGUCGCAGAUCAGCAGGAUGGAGCAUCUAAGGAAGACAUCGAGCAGCUUCCAAAAUUCAAAUUCGGAAAAGUUGGUAAUGAGAAAGUUGCCGGCGAUGGACAAGGUGGAGGAGUAAUGACUGAAUGUGGUACAGAUUCACCCAUUGAACAUGUUCUUUCUCAGGAGGAUGCGGAGUGCUGCAUCUGCCUUUCUUCUUAUGACGAUGGAGUGGAACUGAGGCAACUUCCUUGUGGCCACCAUUUUCACUGUUCCUGCAUUGACAAGUGGCUUUUUAUCAACGCUACCUGUCCUCUCUGCAAGUACAAUAUCUUGAAGAGUAGCAGCCAGGAUCAAGGGGAAGUUUAAAAUUCUUCUCGUCAUAGACUUAUGCUUGGGCACGCUGCAGAAUUACAUACAAAUUCGUGCUCCAGACUUGAGUGUAAUCAUAUGCAAAGCUUGGCACUGAACUCAAAAGCAGGCUUUAGACGUCCUGCUGGAGGGUAACCAAAUGCAAAGCUUCGCCCUCGACACACUGCAGGUCUUCUAUAUUGUCAUUGUUGAUGUUGUUUGCUGUUGUAGAGUAGGCAUAGCAGUUGUCAUUGAUCUUGUCGGCGUAGUAGUGACUAUGACAACAGCACAUCGUUUUCGUUGUUGCCCUGGCGUUCUUAAGGUGCCUUCUGUACAUGGGUGUUGCCAGGGCAUUUACACGGUAAAUUAUAUAUAUAUAUAUAUAUAAACAAACUGCUUUCGAAAGAAAGUUCACUUGAUUGUGUAGAAAUGUGUUAUCACAAGUUAGUAAGAUUAUUUACUGACCGGACCA